CUUCUGGACACGUUUUGACUCUAGUUUAGUCAAUGCAUCACUCGGAACAAACGAAGGGAAGACUCAACUCUGUUUAGGGCGCUGUUGUUGUUGUUGUUGUGGUUUUACUACACCGUUAUUAUUAUUUGUAGUUUUAUUUCUGAAGCGUAGGCCUGUUAUCCAGGCAAACGUCGAGGGGGUUAAAUUUGGACCAAGCCGUCUGCGUGGUUGUAUCGUGUUCUGCGUGGAUAAGAUGACAGCGGUGCGCCUCGUCUCCUCGGUGGUGCUGCUGGUGCUGAUGCAGUCCGGGGUGUUCUGCGCCCGGAGGUUCCGCGGCGGUCGCAACCCGCAACCACGGCGCGCGCCGCCCUCUCCCGCGUACCGGGACCGGGCAGACACCACGGAAAGCUUCCCUCUGGAUUUCACGGCGGUGGAGGAGAACAUGGACAACUUCAUGACCCAAGUGAAGAACCUCGCCCAGUCGCUGUACCCCUGCUCGGCGCAGAAGCUCGACUACGACAUGAAACUGCACUUGUUGGAGAAUACGUCCGUCACAUGCAACGACGGCAGUCCUUCUGGAUACUACCUGAAGGAAUCGCGAGGCAGCCGUCGCUGGUUGAUCUUCUUAGAAGGUGGAUGGUACUGUUUCAACAAAGAGAACUGUGACACUCGCUACGAGACCAUGAGGAGGCUGAUGAGCUCGUCCAAGUGGCCCCAGACCAAAACAGGUACGGGGAUUCUGUCUCCACUGCCUGAGGAAAACCCACACUGGUGGAACGCAAACAUGGUGUUCAUCCCCUACUGCUCCAGUGACGUGUGGAGCGGGGCUUCGCCCAAGACGGACCAGAACAGCUACGCCUUCAUGGGCUCCAUGAUCAUCCAGGAGGUGGUGAAGGACCUUCUGUCUAAAGGCCUGGACAACGCCAAGGUUCUCCUGCUAGCAGGCAGCAGUGCGGGGGGCACCGGGGUCCUGCUGAACGUGGACCGCGUGGCCGACCUUCUGGAGGGGCUGGGCCACACCGCCAUCCAGGUGCGCGGCCUCUCCGACUCGGGCUGGUUCCUGGACAACAAGCAGUACCACUGCACCGACUGCGUGGACAACGUCAGCUGCUCCCCCACCGAGACCAUCCGCAGAGGCAUCAAGUACUGGGGUAGCGUGGUCCCAGAGGAGUGCAGACUGACCCACGAAGGAGAGGAGUGGAACUGCUUCUUUGGAUACAGAGUCUUCCCAUCAAUAAAGAGCCCGGUCUUCGUGGUCCAGUGGCUGUUUGACGAGGCCCAGUUGACGGUGGACAACAUCCAGCUGACGGGACAGCCUGUGCAGGAAGGCCAGUGGCGCUACAUCCAGAACCUGGGCAUUGAGCUGAGGAACACCCUCAAGGACGUGCCAGCCAUGUUUGCGCCGGCCUGCUUAUCCCAUGAAGUUAUCACCAGAAACUACUGGAUAGACGUGCAGGUGAAGGGCACGUCUCUGCCCCGGGCCCUCCACUGCUGGGACCGCAGUCUCCACGACAGCAACCGAAACAAUAAGGCCCCACCCAAGGGCUGCCCGAUGCACCUGAUCGACAGCUGCCCCUGGCCCCACUGCAACCCCACCUGCCCCACCAUCAGAGACCAGUUCACGGGGCAGGAGAUGAACGUCAUCCAGUUCCUCAUGCACAUGGGCUUCGACGUGCAGAAGAUGGCCCAGCAGCAGGGUAUGGACCCCGCCAAGCUACUGGGCAUGCUCAGUAGCGGCAGCUAAACGGACCGCUGUGGCGUCAGCGCCAAGCUACGAUAGAACAACAACAACAACAA